AUGAGUACAUUCCAUUCCUUCCCGCAACUUCCUCUAGAGUUACGAGAGCAAAUCUGGAAGGACACCGUUGAACCGCGCACCGUCGACGUGCGGCGCACUCGAGAGUACAACCAGCUAGUCUCGUCCACCCCCAUACCAGCCAUACUACAGUCCUGCCGAGAAGCGCGAAACCUUGGAUUGUACGAACGAGUCUACUUCGAGGUUGCUGCAGUAAAGAAAUUUAAAAACGAUCACGCGCCCGAGAUGCUGAUCAAGGAAUUCUUUAUGCCAGAUGAGGAGCAGGGAGAAAAGGAGCCUGAGAAGGUAGGCUGCCCCAAGACGGAGCAGCGCUACGUCUGGUUGGAUUUCGACAUCGAUAUGCUGGAUAUUGGGGCUUCUCAUUUCUCCAAGUACAGAGCCAUCGCACCAGCAAUCAAGCGCCUCAAGUUUGAGCGGGAGAACGGGUGCGAAUACUUCUACCAUACAGAAUCACGGCGACUCAAGGAGUUUAUCAAUGUGGAAGAGAUUCACAUUGUCUGUGCAGAUGGGUUUUGGAUGUGGUCUGGGGCUAUUGAAGAUCAUGGCUGGUCCUGCGCUGAAGAAAAACUUGUGUUUAUUGACGCGUUUGAUGGUCGAGUUGCGCGUGGCAAGGAAUUCGAAAUUGUGUGUAGACAGAUGCUGAAGGACAUGCGGCUGGAGGCUACUGGCGAGGCAUUUUCUACCGACGACGAGGAGACUUGA